UCCUGAUUACGUUCCACAUGUGACGUCACGCUGGUAGCGUCUGGCAAACAGUUUCAAAACCGAAACAACGGAUAACUUGAGAAACAACUCCUCUGUAUUCCUGUGGCGACUGAAUUCAAACUUAUUCUAUCGUAACUGCAUAGAGGAACACCUGGAUGAGAAUACGAGCCACUUUUCGAGCUGUCCUACCCACAUUUGAGGAUCGAAACCAGCUAGUCGGGCUGCUAAGUUGAGCUAACGUUUAGUCGGUAACAGUAGCCGGGGUGCUAGCUAGCUAACGAGUUAGCCACAGAAACUCAACAGAACUUCAUCUUUUCCGUUGUGUACCCGACGUCUGUCAGCAUGGAGAAUAAAUACAACCUCAAAAGUCCGGCGGUAAAGAGGCUGAUGAAAGAGGCUGCUGAACUGAGGGAUCCGACAGAACACUACCAUGCCCAGCCACUGGAAGAUAACCUCUUUGAAUGGCACUUUUCAGUACGCGGACCCCCAGAUUCAGAUUUCGAUGGCGGGGUUUACCACGGCAGGAUCGUGCUUCCACCAGAGUACCCCAUGAAGCCCCCUAGCAUCAUCCUCCUCACACCGAAUGGAAGAUUCGAAGUUGGGAAGAAGAUUUGUCUCAGCAUCUCUGGCCACCAUCCAGAGACCUGGCAGCCGUCUUGGAGCAUCCGAACUGCUCUAAUAGCUAUUAUCGGAUUCAUGCCAACAAAAGGAGAGGGUGCAAUAGGAUCUCUUGAUUAUACUCCAGAAGAAAGGAGGGCCCUUGCCAAAAAGUCCCAGGACUUCUGCUGUGAGACGUGUGGCUGCUCCAUGCGCUCCGCCCUCCUGGCUCUGACCCCCAACAGCAACCCCAGCGCCGAGGAUCACAAGGCUAAAGAACUGGCUCAGCAAAUAAACUUCAAGGCAGAGUCGAGUUUAUCCAGACAAGCCAGUGAAAGCAGAGGUGCAGAAAGUGAUCCUUCAGCGCUCACCCAGGGAGACACCUCCACAUCUGAAGGCCAGGAAGCUGCUGAAAGGCCCCUGGCUGAACAGGCAGAGGCGUCUCCAGCCACAGGUGUAGAUGAACACCGGACCUCCACCACCACCAGCAGCAGCUCCGGUCGUCCUCUCAGCCCCCGGCAGCGUCGCUCCCAGCAGCACAGGGAGCAGGGCCAGAGAGACGGCAGAGAGCCAGCAGCCAGCAGACCGGCUUUCGCCCCGGCUGCUCGCCAGCCUCAGGACGAGAGCCACGCCGGCUCGGCAGUCCUCAUCGUGGUGCUCACUCUAGCUCUGGCCGCGCUCAUCUUCCGCAGGAUCUAUCUGGCGCACGAGUACAAGUUCGACUACGAUUUGUGACCUUAACCCCGAGUCGACCCCUUCUGCCAGCACCCCUACAGAACUGUGACCGGCUGAAGAGGAACCAGAGCAGAGGCAAUGGCUAACACUGACUUUCUGCCCUCCCUGCUCGUCAGCAGAGGGUUCGGUCUCCACUGAGGGGGAACUUUCAUUCCUGCAGAGGAGGCACUCCAUUCACCACAGCACCUCCAGGGUGUCUUUUAAUCAAUGUGAAUUUUACUCUCCAGAGCGUCAUGCAUUUUUAAGAACGGGAACCUUUGUUGUUUGUGAUGAGUGCAGUAGCCACACACACCACGUGUCCUCUCCCAUAUAGUUGUUGCCUAUCCUAGGGCGGCCGCUUGUUCCCAUUAUUUAAUUAAAACUUUAAUAUAACAUGACAACAACAUGCAGUUGUGGGGGGAUUGUUGUCUCAGUCUAAUUAUUUAAUCAUGGAAGCAUCUGCACCGAGUGCAUGUGCUAUAAUGAUUUUUCAUGUGUUUUAACUUCCUGCCAGGUCAGCUCAGUAACAACAUGCAGUGCUGGACUCUGCUUUAACGGUGUGAGGGCAGCAACCGCAGUGAGUCUCUCCAGUCUGAAUUCUAUGGUCUCUCACGCUGUCACCGAUCAUGUUGUAAUUGACUACUGGAAAGGAGGCAGGGAUGCACAGGAUUAAUGAGUAAUCCACCACAGACAGAAUGCUGACCGGUGUCAUCUGCGCAGAGGUGUGUGUUGCAGAAGCUUUCAAAUCAGAGGCUGCAGAUUUAUCAACACAUGUGUCCUGCUGCCUUCAGAUGGCUGCAGGGAUUUAAUGGACUAAAGUAGAAGCUUUACAUACAGUGUAAAACAUUAGUGGAUAACUGUAAGAAACAUCCAUAUUCAUUUAUAGAUACAUGCAGAGGGAUUUACCAAUAUUUGUGGUGCACAUAUUCUGUGAUCGUUGCAGGAAUGUUAUAUCACACCUCAAGUUAGUAGUCAAGUUAAAAGUCACAAAUUCUGACACAGAUCAUCUUCAGAAAUAUAUAUCAAGUAUUGUCAGAUAUUCUUAACAGAAGCUCAACUCUCACUCCUAUUUGAGACUUGAAUAUUGGUUAAUAACAUUUUCUUGUAGAAGUGCGACAGUAUCGUCACAGCACCUCCUGAGUGUCGCAUUAAAGGAUUUUACAUAUCCUAGUGUUUCCAGGUGUUGGGGAGAGCUGCAGCAUGUUUGGAAACGGUAGCAUAAAGCCCGUUGUGUCUCCAGAGGACGCUGAGUGAAGUCGGAUCUGUUGUUGCUGCAGUCAGGGGUAAGUCAACAUACGGAAGAGACUAAACCUUCAAAUCCAAGCAGACACAUGCAGCUAAUUUUGAGCAGAACAAAUAUGUGUUUUUUUGGAAAAAAAUAAAUCUAUGUCAUUAUGUGUUAGCAAACAGUAAUCCAGCGUGGCGCUCUUCUUCAACUCUCCAUUGCAAGUUCGAAAGAAUUGGAGGAGCGUUUCGCUAAAUUGAUUAAGUAUGCUUUUAAUGUGGCCACAGAAUAUCGUGCAACAUAUAAUCACGUUAAACUUUCCUAUUUAAAAACAUUUUAAAUACAUCUAUUGUUGGGAGUGUGAAAUUAAACUAGUUUAUUCAUGAUUUAAAGCAUGUAUUUAUUUGAAUUGCUUGUUGACAGAAUGAUGAAAUUGCUAAAGCAUAGGGACUUUGCACCAGACAGAAUGUGGUUCUGUCCACACAAUACGAGCUGCUUUGUGCUGCUUCAUUUUAAUCCUGUGAACUCCAGAACCCAGUAGUUGUAUUGAAAGACAUGUUUUGUUUUUUUUUGUUUUUUUUGUUU